AUGGAUCCCUCCAGCCUAGAGUCUGACCCUGCAGGCCUAGAUUUCAGCUUUCCUAGCCAAGAUUAUUUCUCCACUGGCCACGAGUUCGACUCUCUCUACCAAGAAUUGGACCUGGACUCUCUUAACGAAGAUCUUUCUCAGUCCAUGCCAGGUGUCAUGACAGAGACCUCUGUGAGCACACAUGAACCCUACCCAGCUGCCGAACCACAGGAUCUCACAGAGGCUGAGCAAAAGGAGCUCAAAUCUGAGCUCACUAAAUUGGAGGCAGAAAUUGUGACCCUACACCACGCACUGGCAGCCAAAAAAAGACGCUGCGUGGAGCUCAAGAGGAAGCUGGGCCUCACGGCCUUGGUGGGCCUGCAGCAGAAUCUGUCAAAGAGCUGGCAUGAUGUUCAGGUCCCCAACGCCUACAUGAGACAAAAGAUGUCAGCUGCCCUGUCCACCAUGAGCUCUGCCAUCUGUAGGAAGCUUGGAGACAUGAAGCAGUCAGCCGCAUUCCGAUCCUUUGAAGGUCUGAUGGGGACAAUCAAGUCCAGAGUCGCAGGUGGCAGAGAGAUUAGCAAUGACUGCCUUCCUUCUUCAGCAGAGUGUGGAGAUGAUCCACUCCCAAUUUCAGGGAGUAGGGAUGAUCCAAUUCCUGGAAGUGGAGAUGAUCUGGUUACGGGAAGUGGGAAUGACCUGCUUCCCUUUAGGGAGCCAGAAUAA